UAAUUUGUGUCUCUCCUCCUACAUGGCUGCCACCCUCUCCUCCCUCACUGCAGCCUCAGGAAGUUCUGACUUUUCCCCUCAGCUAGAAGUUUUUGUUCAGAGGUGGAGAGGGCAGCAGUGAAAGAAGAGCAGAGGCAAACCCAACUGGAGGGACAGGCUGGCUGAGUUAGGAACUGGCUGAGGGGCAGACAACAAUAGGGUCCAGGACACCAGAUAUGAGACUUUAAUGUAAAUGCGGAGACAAAGGGAGAUCAAACGUGAAUGAGAGUCGUGUAUAUGAGGCAUAAGAACAGUUAGCGAGGGAACAGAUAUCAGUCACAUUUCAAGAAGAAGAAGCUGAGACUGAACAGAACUGUCAUGAAGUCCUGGUUAGUGCUUACGCUGCUUAUCGGAAGUUAUCUGAUCUACCUUCUUCUGGGAGCAUGGGUUGUCUCCAGCAUUGAGGCCCCAUAUGAAGGAAACCUACGAAAAGAGCUGCAGAGGCUGAAACAGCUAUUCUUGAAUGAGAGUCGGUGUGUCAAUGAGAGUAGUUUGGAGGCCUUCCUUGAGAAGGUGAUCAGCGCCAACAAAUUUGGAGUUUCUAUCUUAUACAACAACUCCAAUGAGAGCAAGUGGGAUCUGGCAUCUUCCCUGUUUUUUGCCAGCACCUUGGUGACUACUGUUGGUUAUGGUUAUACCACACCCCUGACGGACUCUGGGAAAGCUUUCUGUAUCUUCUAUGCUCUUGUUGGCGUCCCUUUCACCAUGCUGGUCCUCAGUGCUGCCGUCCAGCGCCUCAUGGCCACCUUCACCUACAGGCCCAUCCAUUACUUUCAGCUUCAAAAAGGCUUUGACCGGAAGAAAGUGACCAUGGUUCACUUCAUCGUUAUAAGUGUGUCGGUGGGGAUUCUGUUUCUUUUUGUUCCUGCCACCAUAUUCAAUGUCAUAGAAAGUUCCUGGAGUUUCCUGGAUGCCUUCUACUUCUGUUUUAUAUCCUUGUGCACUAUCGGUCUUGGAGACUACGUCCCGGGGGAGCAGAAGUAUCAGUGGUUGAGACAACUCUACAAAGUGUCUGUAAAAAUGUAUAUCUACCUCUUUCUUGGUCUUAUGGCCAUGCUGCUCGUCCUUCAGACCUUCCACAAAGCGGCGGAUCUCCAUGGACUCACUGACCUCUUCUACCUCCCUCACCUCCAUGACCAGGAAGACCAGGAGCCCAUUCUGGAGACCCAGGACUCUACCACUGCCAAGGAGCCUGAGCCUAAGAAACCGUUUAAUACAACAACUCAAAUUGGUUACUCCUCCAUCAAUCGAUAA